AUUUUAUUUUGGUAUAUCUUUUUAAUUCAAAUGAGUAAUUCCUCUCUACAUAUAUAAUUCGAGUAACUCCAGAAUACAUUCCCUGCGUUUUAAUCCAAUUAAUUUUAGUUAAUUAAAUGUAGCUCAAAAUGCUUAAGUAUGUUUUUCAUAGCAUCCUGCUGGGCCAUUUUGCGCAUGCGUUAGGACAGGCCACCAUUUUGCGCGUGGACUGAAAAAGCGGACGUUUUGUGUGCUGCAAGCGGGCUCAAGUUAAUCACACAACUUCGUGUAAAGGUGGUCUAGCUUCGAUUUUCUUCCCCUUAUGUGUUAUUGUUUAUUCAAGGAAACGGUGUUAUUUUGUUUAUGUGGAAGUGUAAAGACUGCAGUGCAGAAGUUUCUAGACGAUCAGAACUUCUUAAGCACUAUAGACUGAAACAUAGUCAUUUUGGGCGUGGCCAUCACAUUAAGUGCCUAUAUCCUGAGUGUCCAUGUCUUUUAAAGACUUGGAAUUCACUUCUGACACAUUUGUCAAGGAAUCAUAGCAAUACCCCAGAGCACUCUGACAAAUUUGCAACUUUUUCCUGUCAGUUAUGUGGUUGUAGUGAAUUAGGAACAGAGCGUGAAUAUUUUGUGCACAUUAGCCGUCAUUUAAAAAACAAUGAGACAGUAACAUGUAUGUUUAAAGGUUGUGACUACAAAUCAAAUAUUUACAGUACCUUUAAGUCACACAAAAGUCGCAAGCACAGUUUACACUCGCUGGUAGACUUCAAAGAGGAUAUUGUCAGAGGAUCUUUUGCAACUGAAACUGCAGAGCAUGAUGUUUCAAAUGCUGAGGAAUUGUGGGGUGACAAACAGCCUGUUGAUUUAGAGACAUCAAAUGAUCAUGAAGACGUAGUUCAGCUAAAGCUUGCGGCAGUGUUAUUAAAGCUAGAAAAUAUUUUUCACGUUCCAAGUGCUGCAGUUGAUGAACUUUUGGAGGAAUUUCAGUAUUUGUUGGGCACAGCAUCUUUGUGUAGUGCAGCAAAAGUUAUCCAAGACACAUUGAACAGUCACAGCUUGCAAAUAGACCAGUCAGUCAUUGAAGAACUUGCAUCUGCACUGUGUACAUCUAAUCCUGUGUAUAAAUCGGUAGGUAAAGGCUGUCCCCUAGCAACAUCCUUUAAGCGCAAAAAUUUCUACAAGGAAAAUUUUAAAGUUGUAGAGCCUGUAGAGUAUGUGUUGGAUGAAAAAAAUAAAAGAACAUUUCAGUAUGUUCCAGUUUUAAAGGUUUUACAGCAGCUUUUCAGUGAUUGCCACGUUCUUGCUAAGGUUUUGGAUGGUAGUCGCAUAACAGAACAAAGUGGGGAAGAAGUGAUUUACAGGUCUUUUAGGGAGGGGUUGUUUUUCAAAGAAAACAGUUUUUUAUCAGCAGGUGAAUUGCGAGUUUUACUGAAUUUGUAUAUUGACGAUUUUGAGAUUUGCAAUCCACUUGGCACUUCCCGUAAAAAGCACAAAAUUUGUGCCAUAUAUUGGACUAUUAGCAAUUUACCACCUGCUUGCCAUUAA